AUGAAAUAACAAUGUGAAAAAGAUGAAUAGUAUGAUCUUAUCAUUGAUGAAAAUCUAUCUAUUUAAGAAUAAUCAACAUCAACACAAUCUAAACAAAGUAAUGCUAAUUUGAAUAUGUUACAAGACAAUUCUAAAAAUUUUAAAUAAAAAAGAACUCAAAGUAAUUAUAACUAUAAUUUUAAAGAAAGCUUACUUUAACUCAAUCACAUUCCUCCAUAAAGAAGAGGAUCUCAAUCCUGUGUAGAACCAAUUUAAAUCAUUUAGGAAGAGGUAAUCAUUCAAUUCAUAUGACUAUUAGUCCUAUUAAACUGGAAAACAAAAACUAUAUAAUGUAUUUUGGUAUGAUGAAAAUAUUGAUAAUAAAUAUGAAAUUUAUGUAUCAGCAACUUAAGACACUUUAAUUUCUGAUUUUAUUACGUUAGUUAUAAAAGAAUUCAAUUUACAACAUGAUUAUAUUCAUUUCCCAUUUAUUGAAGAUGGAUCACUCCUUUAUGAAUUGUAUAUACCUAAAAAAAAGAGUGGAAAACCAAAUGAAGAUUUUCCAGGUAAUUACUAUUUAAUAUUCUAUAAGCUUUUUCUGAUAAAACCUAAUUAGGCAAAACAAAUAUCACUUAAUUUACACUCAAAGUGACAAAAUUAGACUCACAUUAUGUUAAUUCAAUUGCCUAAUAAAAUUAAAAUGUUUAGUUAUCAACAACAAAGUUUAAAGAUUAAAAUCUAGGGGAUGGAAAAUCCUUUUGGUAAAAACUUUUCUUUUGCUGUAAUUUCGAUAUUUGA